AAAUGUCAUCUGGUUUACCUGUCAAAAAAAUAGAAAAUUCAUAUUUUGAUACUCAAUAAUUUACGGAAAUUUCCAAAUUUCAGGUUGAUCUGACUUAAUUGCUAUUUUCCUCUUUAGUAAUCGAUAUUAAUGAUAAUUUAUAAUUGAUGUUUGAUUUAUCCAUAUACUAAAUAUAGGGCAAAAUAAUGAAUAACAUAACCUAAGUACAUUUCAAAAUUUUGGUUUCGAUAAUAAACUUACCUUAUUAGAUUAACGAUAAAUUCUUAUCAUAAUAAAUUCAACAAACCGUGCGCUGGACGUCAUCUACUUUAGAAACAAUAUGGUCAUUUGGAAGUGUUUCUGACCAACAAUUAUUUUAUUAUAAUGUCUUCCAAUGAAUGUUUACCAAUUAUUAUAUUGUAUGCAGUGGUAAUUUUUUCAAUAAUUACACAAUGUUAUUCAGAAGAAACCAAAUUUAUGUCGAGGGAAGAAAAAGCACAACUCAGGGAACAAGCUAGAGAUAUGUUCUAUCAUGCCUACAAUGCUUAUAUGGAUAAUGCAUAUCCAGCAGAUGAGCUUAUGCCUCUGAGUUGCAAGGGAAGAUAUCGAGGCCUCUCUCCUAAUAGAGGGGAUAUUGAUGACUGUCUGGGAAAUUUCUCCCUAACUCUAAUUGAUUCUCUGGAUACACUUGUUCUGCUGGGGGAUCUAUCUGAAUUUGAGCGUGCUGUAAAAUUGGUGAUAAGCGACGUUUCUUUCGACAAUGACAUUGUGGUUUCUGUAUUUGAAACUAACAUACGUGUGUUGGGGGGUUUGCUGUCCGCCCACAUAUUAGCUUAUUACCUACAAGAAAGAGAUGAAAUAAUGCCUUGGUAUAAUGGAGAACUUCUUGAGUUGGCGAAAGAUCUAGGUUACAGGCUUCUUCCUGCAUUUAACACCACAACAGGAAUACCUUAUUCUAGGGUUAACCUCCUUUACGGAAUUAAAAGCGAUCGACUCGAUGCAGCAAAAGAAACGUGUACAGCUUGCGCUGGUUCGAUGAUACUAGAAAUGGCCGCACUUUCACGUCUGACCGGCGAACCAAUUUUCGAAGAGAAGGCUCAAAAGGCGAUGGACGAGCUGUGGAAAAUGCGUCAUCGAAGUUCGGACUUGAUGGGAUCCGUUCUGAAUGUACACUCGGGUGACUGGGUUAGGCGGGAUUCUGGAGUUGGUGCCGGAAUAGAUUCGUACUACGAGUACUGCUUGAAAGCAUACAUAUUGUUGGGAGACACCAAGUACCUUAACAGGUUCAACAGGCAUUAUACAGCAAUCAUGAAAUAUAUCUCACAGGGACCAAUGUUGUUGGAUGUGCACAUGCAUAGGCCUCAUACCAACUCUCGUAACUUUAUGGAUGCCCUCUUAGCCUUUUGGCCAGGCCUUCAGGUACUGAAAGGUGACUUGAAACCCGCGGUUGAGACGCAUGAAAUGCUGUACCAGGUUAUGCAGAGGCAUAAAUUUAUACCGGAAGCAUUCACCACCGAUUUCCAAGUGCACUGGGGUAAUCAUCCUCUCCGACCGGAGUUUUUGGAAUCCACAUAUUACCUGUAUGAGGCUACUAAAGAUUCUUAUUACUUGCAUGUUGGCAAAAAAGUGUUGGAAACUUUACAGAAAUAUGCUAGGGUACCAUGUGGAUACGCAGCGGUGAAUGAUGUAAGGACAGCUAAACAAGAAGAUCGGAUGGACUCCUUCGUACUCUCAGAAACGUUCAAAUAUCUGUUCCUUUUAUUCGCUGAUCAGGAAGAUCUCAUCCUCAAUAUAAACGAGUUUAUCUUCACAACGGAGGGACAUCUUUUCCCCCUCACCUUAGGGGGUCGAAAUCGAACAAAAAAGUCGAUGGAAUUAGAAAUAGAUGAUAACGAAUACUCGAGAUCUUGUCCAAAUACCCUUCAACUUUUCCCAGAAUCUUUCAGGAAACCACUUAAAAAUAUGGUUGACGAAGUAUGUCCUAGGGGAAAACCCAGAAGAAGGUUAUUAGCGAGCGAAUUCUCUGCUUCUAAUGUCCAUCACUUGAAACUAAUUAAGGAUAUGGGAAUCAAUAUGAUUGCUUCAAAUGAUGGUAGGGUCCAAUUGCUCCAUUCUUUCUCUGCGGCUCGCACACCAGCAGACGCAGAAAACGGAUUACUAUUCAUGAAAGAAAUGGUGAAGCUAUCGAAACUACAACCAGAUGUUCAAGAAACUGUAGCGCAAUCUGUCUCAUUUCAAAUACAGAAUGACAAGAAUGAAGUUCACACAAUUUCAAUCCAUGCUUGUCCGGCUUUAUUUGGAAUCAACUUGAGAGGAGAACAAGUUGUUUCCUCAACUACGGCUUUCGUUGAUCCAUAUACAGCUUGUGAAGAUUUACAGGAUCCCCAUAAACUUAAAGGUAAGAUUGCAUUGCUUGGGAGAGGCGACUGUAUGUUCAUUGAUAAAGCAAGAAGGAUUCAAAAUGCUGGUGCUAUAGGUGCUAUAAUCAUAGAUAAUGUUCCUGGCAGCAGCGCUAUUACCACACCCAUGUUUUCCAUGUCGGGGGACGGUAAUGAUGAUGUCAAAAUACCCGUUGUGUUCCUUUAUUCAAAAGGUGCAACAAAACUUUUAAUUGCAAUAGCAGAGAAUCCAUCAUUAGAAAUUACCCUAGGUCAGUUUGAUGAUGAGGUGUCUGCAACAAAAAUUGAAGAAGAAAGUAUGUUUCAAAGACUCAAAGUGUCCGUCCAAGAAUUCCUAAUCAAACAUACCGGUAUAGGUUACUCCAAAACUAUUGCGGUAGGUAAUCUAGUUGCCAACAUCAUCAAUGGUAAAAUAAGGAUAACUCAGAAUCAUGAUUGGGUAAAACCUGAAAUACCAAGUGAAGAAUUCAGAGAAACAAACACAAAUCCGGAGUGGAGUCGAAUCAGGAAAGGUUUAUUAAAAUCAUUAAGCGAAAAAGAUUUAUUUAUUCCAAUAAAUAUUCUCAAAAUAUAUUAUAAAACAUUAGGUGGUCAUCCGAUAUCAGAAAGUCACUAUCAUGAUGUCAGCAAACAGACUGAGUGGUUUUUGAAAGAAUUGAUGAUUGAAUAUUAUCAUGCUAGCGAUGACUCCUUAGUUGUGUUAGAAAAAACGGAGGAUAUCAUUGCAGAAUUUAUACAGUUUGAUAAGGUUAAUACCGAAGUAUAUAAAGACAAUGACUCUUUGAAAAGCGUCCUGAAUAAAAUGAAUCAGUUGGAGGAGAAAAUGGAUGAAAACAAAAAAGUUUUAAUGUUGAACAUAAUUAAGAAUAUGUACAUAAACGAUAGAAAAGAUUCGAAAUUUAAAGAUGUUUUAAAAGAAAGUGAAAGCAUCCUUAAAGAAUUGAACAGUGAAAAAAGUGGUGAUCUAAGUGAAACAGAAAAACAUGAUUCCAAGGAUGAAUUAUGAUCGUUAAAACUUUUGUAUUUUCUUAUUUCCGCAGAUUUUUAUCGAAUCAAUUCAACAGUAAAUGGUAGAACCAUUAUAUACAUAUUGUGAAUGAAAGUAAAAAAUAAAUUAUAUGUUAUGUAUUAUAUUAUUUAAAGAAAUUAUUGUUUAUAUAUGAAUUUUAUGUGUACUUUGAAACUGUGAUGAAGUAAAUACAUUCUUAUUUUAUUAGGUAAAAGCCUGGAAAUUUAAAAUUUCUUAAUUUAGUAUUUUAAUAGAAUUUAUUGUUUAUUAUAAAGUGUUGAUACUCUCAAUGAUUUCAAGAAUAGAUAAUUAUUGUUUGUGGAUUAAAAUAAGGGCUAGUGUAAAAUUGACAAAUUUGAUUGAUAAAAAACCAAAUUUCACAUCCGAGAGAAUUCAAGUGGGUCUUACGUAAAGAUUAAAAUUUUCUGUUCCAUAAGCUUGAAGUUCAUUUAGUGUCUGCUUUUGUAUAAUUCCUUUUUAACAUUCAAAGAAUCUGUUAACUACUUCAGAAAGCCACUAGUUGAUGUUUUUUCAAAAUAGGUGCCUACUAAUUUUCAGAUCAUUUCAUAAAUCUCUCUUCGUUUCAGAUAUUAUACAAUGUUUAAAAAAAAGUAGUGAUUAAUGUCAGUCUCACCUACCCAGUAUCUUUCAUGGUCGAAUGUUGCAUAAAAACGUAACAUUGAGUUUUCUACUAGGAAUUUAUUUGAGUUUUAAUAUUUAAGAAAUAUCUUAAUUAUUCCUACAUUACCCAUAAGCUCUUUCAUGUUUUGCUGAAUAUAUUUGAUAAAAAUUUAUUUAAAUCUAUGUAAAUAAUUUGUACACAUUUGUAUGUAUGUACAAUAAAAAUAAAAAAUUUUAUAAAAAAA